CAUGUAAUCUCGCGCCUGCGCAUAGGGCUUAGCUGCGGACAGGCAAGAUGGACGGUGAUACGCUAACUGGAGAUUUCUUGUUUGAACCGGUGGGCAAAGCUGAAGUGAAUCGAAUGAUAAAAGACAAUUGUCAUAUGUUCUCGGAUACACAUUGCAAAGUAUGCAGUGCAGUUCUGAUUUCUGAGUCACAAAAACUUGCACAUUAUCAGGGUAAAAAACAUGCCAAUAAGGUUCGUCGAUACAUAAGCAUCCACAAAGAUGAGGAGCCAUUGAUGAAAAGAUUAAAACUACAAUCUGAGGAAAUUAAAAGUAAUGGUGAAGUAGAUCGUUCUAAGGCUUGCCCCCUUUGCAAUAUGACUUUCUCUUCACCAGUAGUGGCAGAGUCUCACUACCAAGGCAAAGUUCACUCCAAAAACUUGAAGCUAAAUCAACAAGUGAUCUUGGCACAAGCCAAGCCUACUGCUGCUUCAAAGAAAAAAUCAUCAGCCUCGGGCAUAGCUUCAGAAGAAGGUGCUAGCAAUGAUCCUGACAAGUUCUGCUCAAUUUGCCACACCAGGUUCAACAACCCACUUAUGGCAAAACAGCAUUAUGUGGGCAAGAAGCAUAAAAAGCAGAUCACCAAGGUCAAGCUCAUGGAACAUUAUGGACCAUCCACCACACUUGUCAAAGGGUACCAGUGUACACUGUGCAAGAUUGAGCUGAACUCCGUAGAGCAGUAUCAAGCACACAUCAGUGGAGCCAAGCACAAGAACCAGAUGAAAGGGAAAAAAGAAGAUGAUACACCUUCAUCACCACAGAAAGAGUCAGACAACCUUCAAGAGUCAGACAACCUUCAAGAGUCAGACAACCUUCAAGAGUCAGACAACCUUCAAGAGUCAGACAACCUUCAAGAGCCCGAAAACCUACAAGAAUCUGACCACCUACAAGAGCCCGAAAACCUACAAGAAUCUGACCACCUACAAGAGCCCGAAAACCUACAAGAAUCUGACCACCUACAAGAGCCCGAAAACCUACAAGAGUCCGAAAAUCCCUGAUGUGGGAUCUGUUGUUGAAUUUUCAAGUUACAGUCGAGAUUAUGUGUGAAAACCUGCCCAAAGAACAUUAUUAACCUUAAAUUCAUGAUGACAUUUCCUUGAAAGCAUUGUUAAAUAGAAUCAGACACCUAAGUUAGAAAUGAGAAUUUCAGAUAAAGCUCAGUUCUCAUGUUGUUUAUUACUAUUUUUGUCUUUUAAACUUCAGUUUACUUCUCGUGAAUGUUUUAAGUUCGAUGUCCUGCUUUAUGGUCAUUCUUGUUAACACUGGUUUCCUGAUACCAUUGCAGAUCUAUCUGUAAAUAAUUUCUGAAAAGAGCAGAACUACCUUUGUGUCUUGUAAUUUUCUCGUAAAAAUUUACCUCCGGUUUGGUGUCAGAAUGUUUAUCCAAAUAUUUUAGUCUCUAUUUAGCUUUUAUAAUAACUUUAAGAUGCAUUUGAAAUCCUGGGAAUUGAGUUGUAAAUCUCCAUAGCAAAAAUGUUUUUUUAUUAGAACUGAGCUUCAUCUUUCCAAUUUUAUUGAGUAAUUUUAAAGUGAAUUGAAAUUUUUAAAGACUUAGAUUGCACUUUGCAAUAUUGAUUCUUUGAUUUGUUCAUCUGUUUAGAAAGAGGUCUGUUUUUCUGUUAUGACUUAUUAAGCGAUCAAGGACAGGGGCAUAGUUAACUUAGAGAUGUGUACCUUUUGAAAAUCUCCCAAAAGUGUAUAAUUUCUUUUCCUUGUGUAGGAAGCAGCAUUUAAAGUUGGAAUGGUUGAUAGAGAUUCAGCCAAAGUAGAACUGUUUUCCUUUUGCCCAUAAGGAGUAGUUUAGUUAUUUCCACAUGGCCCUUUACGGUGAUAACCAGUACUUCUUUUCCUUCUGCUUCACUAAUAGUAUUUUUUUUAUUAUGGAUGACAGCAGCUUUCAACUGUUUGUAGGCUGUGAAGUAGCAGUGUUUGCAGUUUCAUUUAUGACAGUAAAGUUGUUUCAUUGUUUUACACUUUCACCUCAUA